UCCUCUUGUUGAUUCUGGUGUGGAUGGCAUGCAUAUACACCACCAUUCAGUCCAUCCGCUUCGUUUGCUUGAAUUCAGUCGGUCGUCGUACCGUUUCGAAUUGCAUGUGCGAUUCCAGCACCAGCAUAUCGUUUCGCCUAUAAAUUGAAUUACUCGCAUCACAAGUCAAUCAGGAUAUAGCGAGCUCGUGAAUUGAAAACACAUAUCAAUUAUCAGUGUGAGUGUCAUUUUGAUGUUUCUGAUCAAGCAUUUUUCGCGCUUGAUUCCAAUUUUCAGGGAAAAAUAAUAAUAACGAGUUAACGAGUGUGUGAACCCCUGCGACGACAUAACAUUUAAAUAUACCGUUUUCUUUAUUUAUUUUUUUUUCAAUUCCAAGUCAUUUGUUUUUUCACUCUCUCUCUCUCUCUCUCUCUGUCGUGAACAAAUAACUACGCUUUAUUUGAAGAAGAAACACGUAUCAAAGUUAAAUGUAAAUAUAAACUGAUUUGAACAAAAACAAAUAAAAACUGUGUACUGAAAACUGUAUAUAAAAUACUAAAAUCAAGAUGUGUGGAAAUCCAAUCAAUUUGUUGCUGUUCAUUUUCACCGUUACAGCACUUUACAUCGGCAAGGUGCACGCUGAAUACGAUUUAAACGGUUUGUCCGCAUGCGAACAGGAACAGAUUGCACGACAGAUAUUUUAUCCAAAGAGUGGAAACGAGAUGCACGCCAAUGCACUGAGGAAUCAGCUGAAACAAAUCAUAGAGAACUAUUUAAUCGCAAACGAUGGCAUUCAGUAUGUGGACGAUGAAAAUCAGCCCACCUAUGACAGCAUCGAUUUGGAUGCACUGGAAAAGCAUGCGGCUGCUAUUCUCAAUGAAAAACGCAAUGUGGCUGCCAUGGCACGUUUGGGUUUAAUGCGUGAAGCGGCCAAACGUUCGUUGGCAACUCUUGCAAAAAAUGGUCAAUUGCCGCCUCGUGAAAACGAUGACAACGGUGAUGUAUCAUCUGGUCCAUGGAACAAUGAUAAACGAAACAUUGGAUCGAUUGCACGCGGUGGAUCGAUUACUGGUGGUAAACGAAAUGUUGGAGCACUGGCCAGAGAUUUUCUUUUGCCACCGAAUGGAAAGCGAAAUCUGCCAUCAAUCCUACGAUCGGGUGGAGGUAGCAGCACCAGCAGCACUAACGGUCCACAACAGCCUAAACGCAAUGUCGGAACAUUGGCACGAGACAACCUGCUCCCAUACUAUCAUCAAAGCAAAAAUGAGAAACGUGACGUGACAGCAGCCAACAAUAAGCACUCGAUGGAGGAAAAACGUAAUAUCGGCUCCGUGAAGAACGCACAUAGCAGCAGCAAAGUGAAACGUGACACGACCUACGACGAUUUUCCCGAUGAAAGUGAGAUUGAUACGCAGACUUAUCAAGCGGCUCCAUUCAAUUAUAAUGACUUGAAUGAACUCUACGCAUACUAUGGAAUGCCAGACAUCUCAAACGAAAAACGCUUUCUUGGUUCGAUAGUUGACGAUGGAUGGUCACCAUCGUAUCGUGCGCCGUCUGCUGAAAAGCGAAAUAUUGGUUCAUUGGCGCGUCAGGGUUUGUUGCGUUCGGAUGUCAGCAACUAUCUGAAUCAAAAACAGUAUCGGCAACAGAGUAAGAAACGACAUCUCGGCGCAUUAGCCAGGUCUGGAUGGUUGCCAGCAUUUCGAUCAAUUCGUGGCGGUAGAUUCAGUCGAUCGGGCCGUGGCAGGGCGAGGUCUCGAACAGGAGGAUUUUACCGCCGACCUCAUCAACAAGAGCGACCAAUCGUCGCGGGCGUUUGUGAACGAUGUAGACAGCAACAACCAAUCCUUUCAAGCUCGUUAAGUUGGGCAGCGCCGGGCCUAUCGCAUUGGGGAACACCACCAAAACUAACAGCGAUACAACAGCGUAGCUUUCGCGGACCUUUUCAUCCAAACGAUGAACUAUUUUAAUCUCAUAUCCACGUUUUUUCCGAAACCUCUCUCCAAUUAGACAUCCCAAAUAGGCAACACAAUUUUUCUUUCUGAUUUCUACAAAUCAUUUUCAAUUUUCUAAUCGCUCUUUCGAUUUAAUAUGAAUCUAAUGCGUGUUGAUGUCAACAUUUCUCGCACACACGCACACCAGUGACAAUAAAUAUCAAUCCUGACAUUUGACAAUAUCACAACAGAUAAGCUUUAACAUAAACAAUUGAAAAGAAAAGAAGAUGAACAAAUGAAAAUCACAAAUACAAUUUACAAUCAACAAAAAAAUGAACGAUCACGCUGACAAUAAUAUAAAUUAAUUCUAUGUAUACACACACAUAUAUAUUACAAGAAAAAACAAAAAAGAUAACUUAAGGUGCUUGAAAUUAGAAGAAGAAGAAAAAGUAAAAAACAACAUAUAUUUAAAGUUAACGCAGUGUAUUAAUCAAUGUGUUUGUUCUCAUUCAAUAGAAACAUCUGAAUCUUAUAUACUAUACACAAUAUUAGUGAUGAAAAUCAUAUAUAUAUAUAUACAACACAUAUUUUUGACAAUAUCAACAAACACACACACACCAUUGAAUAGACAAAGUAUAAAAAAAUUGAGAUGAUAUUUUUCGAUAAAAUGUUUAUUAUGAUAUCAAUUUUCCUAACAACAACAAUAACAAUGAAUACUCACUCACACAGCCACAAAUGAUUUCGAACGGGCAAACAUUUCGCAUGGAUAACAUUUUGAAUGAUUGGCUGGAUUAUUCAUGCGAAAACAUUGUCUAAAGAGAAUCAUGCGAGUCUGCGGAGUUGAAUACGAAAAAUCCUAUAUAUAUUUUGAUUCCCCCAUAAAUGUUUAACAGCAUGAAUAUCUCCUCCACUCAUCUAUACGGGAAAUCUCUACGAUUAAAAAAAAAGAUUAUGUAAACAGACAGCGACUGAAAAAAAAAUCAUCUCAAGUGUAAUGUAAUUAAUUUCGAUAUCAAAAGUAUUCCAUUUCUAUCGUAAUCUUCAACAUGCUGAUUAAAAGCUGAUUGUGACAAUAAAAACAUUUCAAUUAAAAACCAAUUUCCCAUAUAAAUUUUCUUAUUCUCGCCGUUUCUUUUUUUUCUAUUCUUAAGAAUGUAUAUGGGAUCCAAGAUCCAAGAACAACUCAGAUUUUGUUUUGGUUUUCGAAAACGAGCAAAAAAAUGUAUGCCCUGUGAAAAUUGGUUUGCAUGCAAAUGCGCGAUAUAAAAAUGUUAGAGUAAACACGAGAUAAAAUUUGUAUAGGAUUUUGCGCUCGUUUCACUGUGAAAUUUUGUUAUAUCUCGUUUUUGCAUACUAACCAGUUGAUAUCGCAUUUUUGCACCACUUAUGUCUCGCUUUCGAAAAAAAUUAUACGUUUUCCAUCAACAAGAAAAAGGUUUGAACCGUUUUUGGAAUCAGGUGGGUGAUUUUGUGAAAUAGAUUGUAUGACAAUAAAAUUGAGCAUAUUGAAACAAGUAAGAAAAUCAAAGCUCAUCAAUUACUUUAGUAAUACUGCAUAUAACAAAUGACCAACAUCAAAAAUAUCAUGGGACUGUUCAUUUUGUGUUGUUUAGUAUCAAUGUAAAAGUGGUUGUCAUUACUUUUUGAGCGUCAAUAGUGGAAGGUCACUAAGGAACUAAAUUUGAAAAAGACGCGUCAAUAAAAUACUAAAUGCUUACCUUUAAAACCAACAAAACCUAUUGCAGAGAACAAAAAGUGUAUACGUUUUCUCAAUUUUUGCCCCCAUUAUUUUUGUCUGAGCUGCAAUUACUUCAAUUUGAUCUUCAUUGAUAAUCAUCAAAUGCGAAUGCUUUAAUUAAAAAUUUGACAAAAUAAUCAAGAUGAACACAAACGAAAUGCUUGAACAUUUGUGUAUUCAUUAAAAUGAAACAAAAUCGUCACAAGACAAUAAGACAUAAUGAGAGAUUUUCACCUAAUUCCAUUCCUUCAGUGUCCUUUGAACUCUAUCCACCUAUAUUAUUGUUUGAUUUUAUCAUCCAAAAAAAAAACACUUUAAAGAAUGUCAUCAGUCGUUCAAUCAAUUUGAGUCCGAAUCAAAUUAUAAACGGACUUAGCAGCGACUUAAAUAAAGUGUUACCCAUUUGCACGUAAUUAAUAAACGAAUCAUUUAGAUUAUCAAA